CCGUCUAACGCUAAAGCAAAAGCCACGUCCUGAAUCCGGAAUUUUGGGCGGGAAAACAAUCCCCACAAAAACCCCUUUCCCGCAAAAUCAUGAAUUGCAAAGCUUCGAAGUCGAACUCCAUAAUCCUCUAACUCUAAUCCCAGUCCGGUCCUAAUCGAAUCGAUGGGCGGGCGCACCAUCAACGUACUCAACGUGGCGGAGAAGCCGUCGGUGGCCAAGUCUGUUGCCGCUAUACUUUCGAGGAGCCAGGGCAUGCGAGUAAGGGAGGGUCGUUCCCGCUAUAACAAGAUCUUCGAGUUCAACUACGCGAUUCGGGGCCAGCCUUGCCACAUGCUCUUCACAUCCGUCACUGGCCACCUUAUGGAACUCGAAUUCGAAGAGCGUUACCGCAAGUGGCUCUCAUGCGACCCCGCUGAUCUUUACCAUGCUCCUGUCCAUAAAUUUGUUCCCGAGGAUAAAAAGGACAUUAAAAGGACGCUGGAGGAGGAAGCAAGGAGAUGCCAGUGGCUUGUUCUCUGGCUUGAUUGCGACAGAGAGGGUGAAAACAUUGCAUUUGAAGUAGUAGAAGUCUGCAUUGCAGUAAAUCGCCAUCUCAAUGUAAAGAGGGCUCGUUUUUCUGCCCUGAUUGACAGGGAAAUACAUCAAGCUGUGCAGAAUCUUGUUGAGCCUAACAAGUGGUUUGCGGAUGCCGUGGAUGCUAGGCAAGAAAUAGAUCUUCGUAUUGGUGCUUCUUUCACCAGGUUCCAAACAAUGUUAAUGAAAGAUUCUUUCAUAAUUGAAUCUGCUACAGAUGAUAGAAAUCUUGUCUUGAGUUAUGGUCCUUGUCAGUUCCCUACACUUGGAUUUAUUGUGGAGCGAUACUGGGAGAUACAAGCACAUGAGCCAGAAGAGUUUUGGUCCAUAAAUUGUUCUCAUAAAUCAGAUGAAGGCAUUGCUAAUUUCAGUUGGAUGCGGGGCCAUUUGUUUGAUUAUACUUGCGCAGUUAUAAUAUAUGAGAUGUGUGUUCAUGAACCAACUGCAACUGUCAUGCAAGUUAGACAACAGGAGAAGCUGAAGUUUCCUCCUCAUCCUCUGAAUACCAUUGAGCUUGAGAAGCGUGCUUCGCGAUACUUCCGGAUGAGUUCUGAACAAACAAUGAAGGUGGCAGAAGAACUAUACCAAGCUGGUUUCAUCAGUUAUCCUCGCACAGAAACUGAUAGCUUUUCUUCGAGGACUGAUUUGCAUACAAUUGUACAAGAACAACAAGGGCAUCCUGAGUGGGGAUCAUAUGCACAACGGUUGUUAGAUCCUGGGACAUCACUUUGGAGAAACCCUAGUAAUGGGGGGCAUGAUGACAAGGCCCAUCCACCAAUUCACCCCACAAAGUUUUCUGUUGGAGAAUCUAGAUGGAGCCAGGAUCAUCACAAAUUGUAUGAGUUAGUUGUUCGCCAUUUUUUAGCAUGUGUCUCCCAGCCUGCUGUAGGAGCUGAAACCACUGUUCAAAUUGAUAUAGCUGGUGAAAUGUUUUCUGCAUCUGGGAGGGUGAUACUAGCGAAGAACUACCUGGAUGUUUAUCGAUUUGAAUCUUGGGGUGGGGCAAUGAUUCCAACUUAUACUGUUGGUCAACAGUUUAUUCCAACAACAUUGACCCUUGAUUCACGAGUGACCAGGCCCCCACCGCUUCUGAGUGAAGCUGAUCUACUGAGUUGUAUGGACAAGGAGGGUAUUGGUACAGAUGCUACAAUGCACGAUCAUAUCAAGAAGCUUCUAGAUCGGUUUUAUGCAAUGAAGGAUGCAAAUACUCGUUUCACACCAACUAAUCUUGGUGAGGCACUUGUUAUGGGCUAUGAUGACAUGGGGUAUAAGCUCUGGAAACCAUAUCUCAGAGCAGUUAUGGAACGUGACAUGAAAGAAGUCAGUGAAGGUAAUAAAACCAAAGCUGAUGUUUUGGCAAGCAGCUUGCAGCAGAUGAAAGCAUGCUUCCUAGAUGCGAGAUUGAAUAAAGUGAAACUUCUAGAAGCCAUGGCGAUAUUUUUUGAGAGAUCCAAUAGAUCUGGCAGCAAUGAGAUUCAUGCAGCUGGAGAAGUUAUAGCUGUUCGGCCAUGUGGGCUUUGUCGAGAAUCAGACAUGGUGCUAAAGAAAAAUCGAGAUGGAAAUUUUAUGGUUGGAUGUUUGGGAUUCCCGCAGUGUAGGAAUGCUGUCUGGCUCCCAAGAUCAGUAUCAGAAGCAACUGUGACCACCAAUAUUUGCAACUCUUGCAGCCCUGGCCCUGUUUACCUGAUUGAAUUCAAGUUUCGCCAACUGGAAAUACCACCAAACUACAAUGUCAACCAUUUGGGUUGCAUUGGUGGCUGUGAUGAGAUUCUCACGCAGUUGACAGAAAUCUGUGGCACUGGUCCUCGUGUACCAGCAAGAGGGAGAGGAUCAACUGCACCUCCCGGCAAUGCUCACCAGACUAACAUGAGGCAUGCAGUUUGUAUGUACUGUCAAGAAACAGGACAUUUUUCCAAUGAUUGUCCUUCACAUACUUCAGGCUUCAGAAAUGCUCGACAUCGUGGAAUGAACCAACAGAGUGGGGAAGCUUCUAUUUCAUGCAAUACGUGUGGAAUACCAUGUAUUCUGAGAACUGCAAAUACAUCAAAUAACCGGGGAAGGAAGUUCUACACGUGUCCAUCUCAGGAGUGCAACUUUUUUGUAUGGGAGGAUAACCUCAAUAAUAGCACUGGAGGAGGAAGUGUGACUAGCUCAAAUAGUAUUGGAACAUCUAAUGCUAGCAGAAAUGGGGGCCGAGGUAGAGGGAGCUGGAAUGGACCUCAUGCUGCUACAGCGACUUUUGUUUCAGCAACUGGUGAUCCUAUAUCUGGUAGAAGGUGCUUUGUGUGUGGGGAUCCGUCUCACUUUGCUAAUGUCUGCCCCAACCGUGGAGCGUGAGCUGUGAUGUCUGCAUGAUUUAAAAUAUCCAGUGAGGAGGAAAGCAGUAUUUUGCAAUGUUUAGGGUGCAAAUUCAUUCGCGAAGCCGGCCAUUUGGUCCGUCAGCAGGAGCACGUUUGCGAGGGCAAACUUGGCGAAUUGACACCCUGCCGAAUCCAUAGUGAAUCAUAUCAUGGUUUCAAGACUCGAGAUUUUAUGUCUAUACUGGUCAUCAGUGAUUCAUGUCUAAUGAAAAUUAAAGUAAGACUAGUGAGUCACUAAGCAUAUUCUAUUUGUUGGAACGCAUACGUAGGCACUUUUCCAAUUUGGAAUGCAUUUUCGAUCAA